GUGAGUCUAAAUAUUUAUUUGAAUCUCCAACAGAGCCUGUGACAUCCAUAACGUCUUCACAACAAGAUAUUGUUGAUGACGAUUUGGCUAGUACCCUUGAAUUCGUAGAAAUGAUACAUAAAGAAAAUGUUGCUAAUGAAAUAAGGCAACGCAAUAGGGAAAAGAAACUUCAAUGUGAAGCAAUUUCUCAAGAGAUACCUUCAAAUUCCCAAAAUAUUGCACCCACUAUUUCUUACGAGCAAAAGAAAGAACAAGGCUUAAUUCAGGAAAUAUCUGCAG